AGCUCACUUCAACACUUGGAGAUCAGAAGGCCUAGCCCUCCGCGCUCGGCGCCAUGGGACCCAGCGAUAUGCACCCGUCUGCCUGCGACGCCUUCUUUGGCUGUGGGUACUGCUCCGAGGCGUACCCGGAUGAGAAGCAGCUGUCCGUGCACAUCAAGAUGCAGCACGAGGCAUGACUCGCAUCGGGACUCGGGACACUCAGGACACUCGGACACCCCUCGUGACAUGAGCCGAUCAGCCGAGGGCCAGAAGUACCUCUCCGUGCCGGCGCCCCUGCCCUCGCGGGAGCAGCGGCUGCUUCAUCAGCCCUCGGCGGCAGCGAUCUCCAAAGACAUCCCGCUCUCCGAGGUGAACCGCCACUGCACUCCCGAAGACUGCUGGGUGGCCCUGAAUGGCAAGGUCUACGACCUCUCAGAGUUCAUGGACAGGCAUCCAGGCGGCCCCACCACCAUCCUCUCCUGGGCUGGCAAGGAUGCAUCCAAGCUUUUCAACGAGAUUCACAAGGGCGUCAAGAAGAUUGACUCCUACUUGCGCCCGGAGGCUCUCCUUGGAAACUUGGGCGUGGAUGAGAGCCUGAUGUCGGAUGAGUUUUGGCACACGCUGCGGGAGGCACGCAUUGUGGAAAUCCGGGAGGAGAUCGACCGUGUCUUGAGCCAAACAAGCUCUACGCACAAGGCGGACAGCAUCCAGCGCCUUUUGCAAGACAAGAUUCUCGACUCCGGGCUGAAGACCAAGCUGCAGCGCCUGGAGACACAAAAACGUGUGGCCUUGGACUCAGAGGAGUACGACAAGGCUGCGGGGGUGAAGAAGGAGAUCGAGAAGCUGCUGGCUGCUCAGGACGUGGCUCACCUGCACGAGGUGCCGCUGGAGUCAAAGAACCUGAGCGGGGGCAUCCCCUUGUCUGAAGUUGCGCGUCACAACAAGCCGCACGAUUGUUGGAUCGCCAUCAACCGGAGCGUGUACGACCUCACAGACUUCUUGAUGCAGCACCCAGAGCAGCGCAACUCCAUCCUGGCGUGGGCGGGCCGCGACGCCUCGGCGAUGUGGGACAAGAUCCCGGGCAGGUUCCCCAGCAAGCAGUGGAUGGAGUUCUUCAUGCGGCCGGAGGCCAAGAUGGGAGAGGUGGGUGAGGAGCCGGAGAAGGACCCGGUGAUGGAGCAGCUGAAGCAGCUGCACGACGAGCUGCGGCGGCUGGAGGGGCCCUCCAAGGCUGACAUCGAAGCGGCCAAGACCUCUGUGAAGGUGCCGGGCAAGACGGACGCGCCGACGCUGUCGGAGGAGAGCCGUUUCCCCAAGCUGGCGCAGAUCAGCGCGGGCAAGGAGCUGCCGUUCUUCACUCGCGCGGAGGUGGCCAAGCACACGAGCUCGGAGGAGCCGUACAUGAUCAUCCACAACCGGGUUUACAAUCUGAAGCCGCUGCUGGGCAGCCACCCUGGGGGCGAUGACAUCCUGCUGAGCAAGGCUGGCACCGACUGCACCAAGGACUUUGAGGUCUUCGAGCACUCGGAGAAGGCGCGCGUGCAGAGGGACCGGGACCUUCUGGUGGGCCAGCUGGUGCUGGCGGAGAACACUGACUGGUCUGCAGAUGCCCAGGUGUCCCAGGUGGUUGGCGAGGAGGUGUCGGAGCUGAUGCGAUACAUGAAGUACAAGGUCACGGACGUGGCGCUGCUGGCAGUGGGCUGGUACGUCUACAAGACGCUGCAGAACCGCAAGCCUCUGUCGCAGUUCACCUACAGCCGGGCUCUUAGACAUUUGCACCUCAUCAUGGCUGUGGGCAUCUUCGGCGCGGUUGGCACGGCCCAGGCGGCCGCCAACACGGAAGGUCAGACUCGGAAGCAGAUGCUCUGGUGGCACAAGCAGUCGGGCCUGGCGAUGCUGGUGGCCCUGAUUCUGCGCGUCUUCUUCCGCUUGAAGAGCGGCAUCCCUCCGCGCUUCCCGGGCAACCCCCUCGUGCAGAUGAUCGAAACUCAGAGCCUGCGCGCCUUCUACCUGUUGGCCCUGAUGCUGCCGAUGUCCGGCAUCGCCAACGAGUACUUCCUGAAGUGGGCGCCCGGCUCUGACCGGACCGGCAAUGCCGAGGACGACAAGAGGAACGACAGGCUGGCCAAGCAGUCCGUCGACGCCCACAAGCUGCUUGGCAAGUUCCUGCAGUACGCCUGGCUUCCCUUCCACCUUGGCUACACCACCCUCUAUCAUUAUAGCCAAGGACGCGGCGUCGUCCGGAAGGUCUCGCCCUUCAUUUGAACCUUGUGAUAGCUCCCCAAGCGAGCUCAGAAGUUCUAUCCAGUUGUAGUGAGCACAAAGUGUGCAGCUUGCAUGUGCAGAAAGACUUCAGCGAAAGGCUUCAGAGAUCCUCUGAAUUCAUCAGUUGAAAUGCCGGGCCGCUUGAUCCAUGCGGACCAGAUGCCGGCAAUUUUGGUUUUGAGUAGAUGAGAAGGAUGCAUCUAAUGAUGGUACCUGAUCACUUGCUUUGCGUAGAUUCGAUGGCUCGAAUGCUUUCGACAGCUCACAGUUCCCAAAAGCAUUCUUGCUUUG